AUGAGCCAGCUCAACCGUCGCAACAGGGCCUCCGUGUCCUAUCGAGGGAGUCAGGAGAACCCUACGGAGCGGAUUGCAUCUCAUCCCCAGCAGUCUGCGGGCUUGGCCAAAGCAAGCGGACGGGCAGUGUCUCCACUUGUCCGCAGGAAAACCAUUCAAGGCGCCCAACUUGGUCGCCCCAGAAAUGACUAUGAUCGGCGUCGAAUUUCAAACAACAGGCCCAACAUUGGAGCCGACCUCGCGCUGCCGCCAUCAACUUUGGGCCCAGGAACCAACUCGUAUCUCCAUUCGAAUGCGACACUGUAUUCCGGUACCCCGCCCUCCGGCCACGUCGCCACGAAUGCAGUGACACAGAUUCCAAUGUACCAAUCACCGCGGCAGAGUCGACACACUCGCAAUGGUUCUUAUACCAAGCAUCCUGUCGUCUCUCCUGUCUCCAUCGUCACGAAUAUCUCUUCUCCUCCUCCCUCCAUCCGGAGCCCUACGGCUGCCCGCAGUGGACGCACUCGGCGUACGACGACAACGACUACAACGACAGACGCUCCUUCGCUUCUUCUUUCUUCAAACCCGCCGUCCUCCCUUCCGACGUCGACCAUGGACAACGGCAGAUAUUGGUCGGAGCCGCACCAACUCGACGGCCACUCGUUCGAUGCAUACGGCAAUAUCACCUCGGUCACAUCUAGUCUAGGGUUAGCACAUAUGCCUGCCCAGUACUCCCACGGUGAACUGUACAAUUAUGACGGAAUGUAUUCACCGGCGCAUGCGGCCUCCGAGCGAGGCCUCCCAGCAGUUGCUCCCCCGGGCGGUAAAAUAGCCGCCGCGAGUCACGACAUUGGUUUUCUCUCACUGCCCCCUUCGACUGAUGACCAGCGCCCGGUGGCCUCUGUCGCCGAGGGCCCACAUACAAAUGUCGGGCUCUCCAGACAUCCAGACGCGUACCAUCCGCAGUACAGUAUCGAUCACCAGACGUAUAGUCCCCCAAACCCUGCGGCGUACUACAACACUUUUGCCCCCGACCCCAUGUCGACCACAAUCCAAAUUCACCCUCGCUCACCACAUAUGGAACAACCGUAUAUCCAAGGAACCCCUAAUCUCGUCCCAUAUUAUAGCCAUCCCGCUCGGUCGCCCGCCAUGCCCCCCCACUCGUCCCCACAGCAGAACCCCAACUCUCAUUCUCGAUAUCCGGGCUACGCUCUGCCUGGACCCGACUACGUGAACUACUCCGCCAACGGGCUCGUGUCCGCGCCAGACUUCAACACAAUCAUCGAUGUCAACCACAAGGUGUACAUGCCCGCUCCCUUUGGCUCUUCCAACGGUGUCAUCGGCUCACCUCUUCCUCAAACAUCCCCGAGCGAGCCGCCCUCGGACUUUGAGCGGUCUCAGACCUCGCCGGCGCUGAGGAAUUCCACUCGUUUCCCUGGUCAGCGCCUGGACGUUGAUCAGCAGUUGCUCGACGCCUCUUUCUGCGGCCAUGACGAAGACUCGAGGAAGCGACGUGCCAUCUUGGAUGAAAUCCUCGGUCAGCCAUGGUAUUACAACCACGAGCAGGAGCCCCGGAUCGAGUCGCUCUCUGAUCCCGCAGCCCGUGGGCUCGGCAUGGUGGGGCGCUCCAUUUACACCGUCUUUCUGGUGCAGGAUGAGAAUGGCAGCCAUUGGCGAUGCUUGUUUGGUGGGCACCACGCGCAGUGCGAUCGUUCAGAAAAGCAAUUUGAGCGGGUUGAACGGGCAAUUGAGCACGUUCGGCGACAUCUUGGACAUCGCCCGUAUGCCUGCGAUGACGGUUGCCUGAAGAGCCAGACCUCUGGUGCACCAUGUGGACAACGCUUCUUUGCGAGCCAGUAUCUCCAAGACCACAAGCGUCGACCACAAAAGCGCAAGAGCACCGCCCAGUCGUAA